UUGGCCAAGUUUGCGGAGCUUCGCUAUGCGAGCCGGGCCAGUCAGUCAGCGGCAGAGCUGAGAAGGGCACAACCGUGCAGCCGAGGGCAGUGAGCAGAGCCGAGCUGGGUGGGAGCGCGUCCGCCCGGGUCUGCACCAUGGCACGGUUAAGCUUGCUUGCGCUUCUCUGCACCCUGGCCGCUCUCUGCACCUCGCUGCUGGCUGCGGAGCUCAAGUCGAAAAGUUGCUCCGAAGUGCGACGUCUCUACGUGUCCAAAGGCUUCAACAAGAACGAUGCCCCCCUCUAUGAGAUCAAUGGUGACCAUUUGAAGAUCUGUCCCCAAGGUUCUACCUGCUGCUCUCAAGAGAUGGAAGAGAAGUACAGCCUGCAAAGUAAAGAUGAUUUCAAGAACGUUGUCAGUGAACAGUGCCAUCAUUUGCAAGCCAUCUUUGCAUCUCGUUACAAGAAGUUUGAUGAAUUCUUCAAAGAACUACUUGAAAAUGCAGAAAAAUCCCUGAAUGAUAUGUUUGUGAAGACAUAUGGCCACUUAUACAUGCAAAAUUCAGAGCUAUUUAAAGAUCUAUUUGUAGAGUUGAAGCGCUACUACGUGGCGGGAAAUGUGAACCUGGAAGAAAUGUUAAAUGACUUCUGGGCUCGCCUUCUGGAGCGCAUGUUCCGCCUGGUGAACUCCCAGUACCAUUUUACAGACGACUACCUGGAAUGUGUGAGCAAAUACACAGAGCAGUUGAAGCCCUUUGGAGAUGUCCCUCGGAAACUGAAGCUCCAGGUUACACGUGCGUUCGUUGCGGCCAGGACUUUCGCUCAAGGCUUAGCAGUUGCAAGGGAUGUAGUGAGCAAAGUCUCCGUGGUGAAUCCCACAGCCCAGUGCACCCAAGCACUGCUGAGGAUGAUCUAUUGCUCCCACUGCCGGGGCCUGGUCACUGUGAAGCCCUGUUACAACUACUGCUCAAACAUCAUGAGAGGCUGUUUGGCCAACCAAGGAGACCUCGAUUCUGAGUGGAACAAUUUCAUAGAUGCCAUGCUGAUGGUGGCGGAGAGGCUGGAGGGCCCUUUCAACAUUGAGUCGGUCAUGGAUCCCAUCGAUGUGAAGAUUUCUGAUGCUAUCAUGAACAUGCAGGAUAAUAGUGUGCAAGUGUCUCAGAAGGUGUUCCAAGGCUGUGGGCCUCCAAAGCCUCUCCCAGCUGGACGGAUUUCUCGCUCCCUCUCUGAAAGUGCCUUCAGUCCUCGAUUCAGACCUUAUCAUCCAGAGCAACGCCCAACCACAGCAGCUGGCACUAGUUUGGACCGACUGGUUACUGAUGUCAAGGAGAAACUGAAACAAGCUAAGAAGUUCUGGUCCUCCCUGCCAAGCACUGUUUGCAAUGAUGAGAGGAUGGCAGCAGGAAAUGGCAAUGAGGAUGACUGCUGGAAUGGCAAGGGAAAAAGCAGGUACCUGUUUGCAGUAACAGGAAAUGGAUUAGCCAACCAGGGCAACAACCCAGAAGUCCAGGUCGACACCAGCAAACCGGACAUACUGAUCCUUCGUCAGAUCAUGGCCCUUCGGGUUAUGACCAGUAAAAUGAAGAAUGCUUACAAUGGAAAUGAUGUGGACUUCUUUGAUAUCAGUGAUGAGAGCAGUGGAGAAGGAAGUGGAAGUGGAUGUGAAUACCAACAGUGCCCUUCAGAGUUUGAGUUCAAUGCCACUGACCAUGCUGGGAAGAGUGUCAAUGAGAAAGCCGAGAGUGUUGGCGCCCAUGCCGAGGCAAAGCCCUACCUCCUCACUGUCCUUUGCAUCCUGGUCUUCGUUUGGCAGAGAGAAUGGAGAUAAUUGUCAAACUCUGAGUAAUAAUGUACAUCAUCAGAAAGCUAAAAGGCACCAGUUCUCACUUUUUGACCAUCCUAAUGACUUUGUUUUUUUUUAAAUGAAUGGACAACAGUGUACAGUUUUUACAAUGUGGCCACUGGUUUAAGCCUUGUUGACUUUGUUUCUCUCAUUCAGUUGGGGACAGUAGGAACUCCUGCAUUGAAGUUUGUUCCUGCUCCUUCAGAGUCGUGUUAAACUUGGCUAACAGUGUAGGUACAGAACUGUAGUUAGUUGUGCAUUUGUGAUCUUAUCACUCUUGUUUUGUUGUUUUGUUUUUUUCUCUCUCAUUUUAUUUGUGGGGUUUUUCUUUUCCGGUUAUAAUUUCACCUUGUUUCUCACAAGAAAACCAGGGUCCUUUCUUGGCAUGUAACAUGUACGUAUUUCUGAAAUAUUAAAUAGUUGUACAGAAGCAGGUUUAUUUAUCAUGUUAUCUUAUUAAAAGAAAAAGCCCAAACAA